AUGAAACUACAAUUCGUUUUAUCUGCCCUUUUGGCAGCAACAUCUUUAACUUCAGCAACUCCCUUCAAUCAACUUUACAAAAGACAGGCUAAUGGGACUGUGAAUGGUACUUCCCCAUCGGGCUCGAAUGCAAGCAAUGCCACAAAUGGUACCUCAGGUGCUGGAGGUGCUGGUGGUGUAGGUGGUGCUGGCGGUGCUGGUGGUGCAGGUGGUGCAGGUGGUGGAACUGGCCAAUUGAAAGUUAUUGUAACAGGCGGUGAAGUUCCUAUCUCAGUCACUUCAAACCCAAACGUCUCAAUUACAACUUUGUUCAAUUCCUCCAGUAUUUUGAAUAUUACUCAAUUAUAUCAAGUUGCAGGUGAAUGUAACAGCACUUUGAGUAAUGAUUCAUUCCAAGGUGUGGUUAUUGUCGGUAACAAACCUUCGUUGGAAGGAUUGGGGUUCUUAACUAAUAUCGUAUUGAAUACAAACAAAUCUGUGGUAGUGACAAAUAAUGCCGUUAAUGGUAUUGCAGUCGCUUCAGAUAAGAACUCGAGUUCUCGUGGUACUUUGGUUAUUGGUAAUAAGAAUGUUGUCUACUCGGGUCUUUUCCCACCAUGGAGUGUUCCUGUAGGUGUUUGGGACGGUCAAGUGGUCCAUUGGUUCUAUGAAGCUUGUGAACCUGUUCUCACAGCUCACAACUCUACAUUAAGAACACAAUUCCAAAACUUUACAAAUGUAAACGCAAUUUCUAAUUCAUCUUCCCCUGUCGUACCAAUAGUCUUUGAAGCGACUGUUUCCAAUAGUUUAAUCCAAACUUUGGGAUCUUCAUUACAAGGACUAGUUGUUAUUAGUUCUCAAGGUUCAAACACUACCACAUCAUCCGUUUCAUUGUCAAAUGUUAAUUUCCCUGUUGUAUUUGCUCAAGAUUUUGGUAAGAUUGGCUUUAUUAGGAAUACUAGCAUCCCAACAAAUGCUAUAUCGGCUGGUUAUUUGACUCCUGUCCAGGCUCAAAUAUUAUUAUCUGUUGCCAUUGCGAAUAAUGUCAAUAGUACCGAAUCUUUAAAAAUGCUCUACCCAUAA